AUGACAUGCAUGUACGCUCCAUGGCUCUUGUUGACUCAACUAAUUCUACUACAAGUAGCAAAUCUUGAGGCCAAGGUUCCAGCCAUUAUUGUGUUUGGAGAUUCAUCUGUGGAUUCAGGAAACAACAACCGGAUUUCGACACUCUUGAAGAGCAAUUUCAAGCCAUAUGGGCGUGAUUUUGCUGGUGGUCAACCCACAGGAAGGUUCUCUAAUGGUCGUAUUCCUCCGGAUUUCAUUUCUAAUGCUUUCGGGCUCAAACCAUCGGUCCCUGCUUACUUGGAUCCCAAUUUUGGGAUUUCAGAUUUUGUCACCGGUGUUUGCUUUGCAUCUGCUGGAACUGGCUAUGACAAUGCUACAUCUGAUGUAUUGAAUGUUAUACCUUUGUGGAAAGAAGUGGAGUACUACAAGGAGUACCAAAGCAAAUUGAGCGACUAUGUUGGCCAACACAAGGCAAGAGAAAUUUUAACUGAGGCUUUGUACUUGAUAAGCUUGGGAACCAAUGAUUUCCUUGAGAACUACUACACAGUUCCUCGCCGGAGAUCCCAAUUCACAGUCCAGCAAUACCAGGAUUUCCUAUUGGGACUUGCUGAAAAUUUCUUGAGGGAAAUUUACAGUCUUGGAGUCAGGAAAAUUUCCCUGACCGGGCUACCCCCGAUGGGGUGCUUGCCAUUGGAGAGGGCAACAAAUUUCAUGAAUCAUCAUGAGUGUGUGGAGGAAUAUAACAAUGUGGCUGUGGAAUUUAAUGGGAAGUUGAACAACAUGGCAGCAAAGUUGAAUCAAGAGCUUCCAGACUAUAAAAUUCUAUUUACUGCAAAAGUGUAUGAGUUCUUCUAUCAGAUCAUCAGCAACCCUUCUUCAUAUGGAUUUGAUGUUGCUGAAGUGGCAUGUUGUUCUAGUGGGACAUUUGAGAUGAGUUACCUCUGCAAUGAGCAUAAUCCAUAUACUUGCACAGAUGCAAGCAAGUAUAUAUUCUGGGAUGCCUUUCAUCCUACAGACAGAACAAAUCAGAUAAUAGCUGACCAUUUGAUUCCCGAUCUUCUAAACUUAUUCAAUUGA